AGCGCCGGGUGCGCCUGCACAGGAGCGAGGCGCGCCGGGGCAGCUGGAGCGGUUCCCUCAUAGGCGGCGCCGUGUUGUGCUAGGAGCCGAGCUAGACCCGGGCCGGUAGUGUGUGAAGUGGGCGGCGGAGCCAGGGACCCUGGAAUGGCGGAGACUCUGUCAGGCCCAGGAGAUUCGGGCGCGGCGGGCACAGCGGCUCUGAGCUCCGCCUCGUCGGAGACCGGGACGCGGCGCCUCAGCGACCUGCGGGUGAUCGACCUCCGAGCGGAGCUGAGGAAACGGAAUCUGGACUCGAGCGGCAACAAGAGCGUGUUGAUGGAGCGGCUGAAAAAGGCAAUUGAAGAUGAAGGUGGUAAUCCUGAUGAAAUUGAAAUUACCUCUGAAAGAAACAAGAAAACACCACAGAGAUCCAGCAAAGGUAUCGUGCACAUCAUAAGCAGGUGUCAUACUAAGAACUUCCUUCAAUGGUACUACUUCGCUAAUGUUCCUCACUUAUUUGGCUUUUUGGACUUGGCCACCACUCUGUGAAUCAAGAGCCUUCAAAGAAGCUUUGCAUUUCCUUGACGAUCACUCUACUGUUUUGUUAGCUUGGUCCAGCAGAGGAUAGAAAGAAUAUAUACCCCUAUAUUCGUUUACUCUGUAGGUUGCUCAAUAGUCCUUGUUAAAGUUCUUUACAGAGAGAGUGUUGGGCACUGCUUAACUCUCCUAUUGGUCUGAUUUACAGAAAAUGAGUUCCCUAUUAAAUACCACCUGGCCAAGACAGAAUUGCCACUUAUAUAACAUUUCUUUCAAAAACUGCCCACAGAGUAAAAGUCAUAUUGCAUGUCACAUUAUUGGCCACCUGGUCUUACCCACAUCUGUCUUAUUUCCCACACCCGUGCCCUGUGUUUUAGUCAGGCCCC